AUGAAUACAGGAAAGUGGAGUUCGAUUCUCGCUACUGUUGUUGGAAUUCUAUGCCUCAUUUGUUCUUCCUUCUCCGAGCCAGCUCCCUACCACACAUUCGCCAAAGAUGCUACAGCGGCUCCGCCUCUAGUGUUCUACGACUACAUAAUCGUCGGCGGAGGAACUUCAGGAUGCGCUUUGGCAGCCACCCUGUCCCAGGGAGGUCGAGUGCUUUUGCUGGAAAGGGGCGGCUUGCCAUACGACGACCCCAACGUAAUGGACAUAAAAGGGUUCGGUGCCACCCUAGCGAAUACCUCCCCAUCAUCCCCUUCCCAGCUAUUCAUUUCCACCGACGGAGUGAUCAACCACAGAGCCAGGGUGUUAGGGGGCGGGACGGCCUUGAAUGCGGGGUUCUACUCGAGGGCGAGCACCGAGUACGUCAGCAGGAUGGGGUGGGAUCAGAGGGCAGUGAACGAGUCGUACGAGUGGGUGGAAAAUAAGGUGGUAUUCGAGCCGGAAGUGGGGGCAUGGCAAUCGGCGGUGAGGAGUGGUUUGCUGGAAGCCGGGCAAUUCCCGUACAACGGAUUUACGUACGAUCAUGUGAAGGGGACUAAGGUGGGGGGCACCAUCUUUGAUGGAAGUGGCUACAGACACACCGCUGCAGAUUUGCUCGAGUAUGCUCAUCCACCAAACAUCACCCUCUAUUUGCAUGCAAUCGUGGAGCAAAUCUUGUUCAAGACAGAAAAGCUUCCAAGACCAAGAGCCCAUGGAGUCUUGUUCUUGGACCCUAGUGGGAACAGGCAUCUGGCGUUCCUGAACAGAGGCUGGGCGAACGAGAUCAUUUUAUCAGCCGGAGCACUAGGAAGCCCACAAUUGCUGAUGUUGAGUGGCAUUGGGCCAACUGGACACCUAAGGACGCACGGCAUCAAAGUGUUGUUGGACCAGCCCAUGGUGGGUCAGGGAAUGGCGGACAACCCAAUGAACGCCAUCGUGGUUCCUUCACGUCGGCCCGUGGAGACUUCCCUCAUUCAAAUUGUUGGCAUCACCCAGUUCGGUAGCUACGUCGAAUCUGCUAGUGGACCCGUUGCCUUUAAUUGGGUGCACGGCCUCAAUCAACAGUACCACAAGCUAUCUAAUGAGGCUAGCUGGCCUUCGCCAGUACCGGCAAACCAAAGCACUUCGAGUUCAAGGGCCAACGAAGCUCAUAUUGAUGACUUCAUGGAUGCCAGUCAACCGUCGGGGAUCAUCCUGGAAAAGAUCUCGGGGCCCUACUCUAGCGGUCAUCUGGAGCUCCAAAAUAGGGACCCGAAUGAUAAUCCUAGAGUGACAUUUAACUAUUUCCAUGAUCGGAGGGACCUGCAACGAUGUGUUCAAGGCAUGGAGCUGAUCAGACGGGUCAUCGAUUCGAGGUCUUUCUCGCGUUUCCGAUACCCCUUGACGCCGGUGCAAACUCUAAUAAACUGGAUGCUGACCUUCCCAGUUAACUUGAGACCACGGCGGGUCUCGGCUGCUUUCUCAAUGGAACAUUUUUGUGAAGACACCGUCAUGACCAUAUGGCACUACCACGGCGGAUGCCAAGUUGGUAAGGUUGUGGAUCGGAACUAUAGCGUCGUUGGAGUCGACGCCUUGCGCGUUAUUGAUGGUUCCACAUUUUCUGAAUCCCCUGGAACUAAUCCACAAGCCACUGUCAUGAUGCUGGGCAGGUACAUGGGACAAAGGAUUCUGAAUGAGAGAGAUUCCCAAUGCAAUGAAGCGGUAGAAGAUUGACAGACAAGACCGGAUUAUCCAUUUACUGCUUUUGUUUUCUUUUAUACUCCUAUAUAAUAUAACUGAUCAUGUUAGUGGCGGGGAUAUGUCCGGAAUUGAGAACUUAAUGAUUUGCUGCUGCUCUGUUAAUCUGAUGACAGGCUGUUUUUUCAUCCGCAUAAUAUGUAUCAAAUUUAUAA